GCCCCUCGGUCUUCCACCCCCCGUCCAGGAACCCGGAGAUGGCCUCCUCCCGGGCUGUGGCGACAGCCUUCGCCUUGAUGGCCUCGGCCUCCUCGGCUGCUCUCCUUGCGGCCUCCGCAGCGGCCGCCUCAGCUUCUGCCUUCUCCUCCCUGAGCCUCCCGGCCUCCGCCCUCGCAAGCCGGAGGUCCUCCUCAAGCUGGGCCAUCAGCUUCGUGGCAUGGGAGUCCCUAAGGAUCAGCUCCUUCACCUUGGCGUCUUGCCCAGCUUUGUGGAGGCGCCAUUCCUCCAGCCGUCGGAACUGCUCCCCGAGGGCAACGCAAGUCUGCAAAGAUAAGCGGGUUGUCAGGGCCGAACGUGAUUUCUUAGUUCAAAGUGGGAAACAGAAAGACAAACUACAGUGAACUCACCGUGAGGGAAGACCGGAGGAUCCUGUCUUCAAGGGCUUGAUCAUCAUCGGCCCCGAGAGCUGCCCUGUCGAUAUCGAGGGUUAUACCUCUCAGGAGCGCCCUCGGGUCAGCCGUGCCAUUCAACACGGCCGUGCCAGCCGGAAGGGAGAGCGUGAGGACCUCGAGAGAUGGCUCCCGGACCCCCCUCGGCGCCUGCGCCAUCGGCAUCUCCGGAGGGUCAUCUACAAUCACCACCGGGGGGUCAUCCUUCGCGGCAUCCCCC